AUGGACUGGGACGAUGAUUAUCACGAUGAAAGUGAAUUUUAUUACCCAGAAGAGCUGGAAAAUGGUCCUGAAAACGUAAACAUAAACACGAACGAGGACGACAAUACCGAAAACUAUGCACUAGAAAACAUUCAAGAUUACAUCAUGGCUCAACGCCCAGAAAGUACGGUAAAGAAAACUCAGUACGACAUGACUGUGUGGAGACGUUACCUUGACAGCAUAAAUGAAAGACGAGAAGUAGAAAACAUACCUUCCGAUGAGCUUAACGUGCUUAUGUGUCGAUUUUUCAUGUCCGUAAAGAAGAAAGACGGCAGCCAUUACGAACCCGUGUCUUUGACUUCCUUUCACCGAAGUUUGCAGCGUUUCUUGAACGACAAAGGCUCCCAUCAAAACCUGCUAAAAGACCAACAGUUCAAAAAGUCCAGAGAAGUAUUGUCUGCCAGAAAAAAAAAACAGUUGGUCGUUGAAAACGCGAAAGGAAACCGGCCUCAAGCAGCCCGAGAACUCACAGCCGAAGAGGAAGACGAACUCUUUCGCUUAGGCGAGUUUGGCGACUCAAAUCCAGAAGCUCUGCAGAGAACGGUAUGGUGGCUCCUCUCGCUACAUUUUGGCUUUCGUGCACGAGACGAGGGCAGGCGAUUAAAGUGGGGAGACGAAAAGCUUUGCAAAGACCCAACGACUGUCAACGAGUUCUUGCUGUGGGAAGCAGAAAGAGGGUCCAAAACAAGGCAUGGAGACGAUUAUUAUCGAGCAUUCAACCCCGUGGCUCAAGCUACAAGCAACGACCGAUGUCCGGUAAAGUUUGAUAAAGAAUUCAGUAGACGUCGCCCAGAUGAAAUGAAAACCGCCGAGUCUCCCUUCUACUUGGCGAUCAACCGCAAACGAGUGCCUCAAAAUCCAAUAUGGUAUGCAAAAGGCCCACUAGGAAAGAACGAAAUUGGCAAAUUUCUGGUUAAUGCAGCCAAAAAUGCAGAUAUCCAGGGCAAUAUUACCAAUCACAGUGUGAGAAAAACAUGUAUUUCUCCAUUAAUGGAAGCCAACGUCCUUACCAACUACGCAGCCCAACUCAGUGGACAUAGAAAUCUCAAAAGCCUUGAUUCGUAUAAAACAGCAUCCGUUGUACAUCAGCGAAAAAUGUCCCGUAUUCUCGGCCGUUCGGGAGAACAGUUUGGCCAAGAAAACACCAGAAUUGACCAGGCAAUCGGCCCCAUCUUCAAACACAAUCGCUAA